CGUAUAGUUAUUGGAAAAAAUAAAUCCGUUACGACCAAAGUAUUACUUAAAGCAAAAGAAAAACUAAAACACAUAUUCGGCUUUGAAUUGAUUGAAUUACCUUCAUUAAAAGAAAAAUUUAAUCUAACUCAAACACAACAAAGCACUCAACAAUAUGAAUCAACACAAUCAAAAGGACCAGCUACAGGCACUUUUAUUAUACGCUCAAUUCUUAAAGAUGAAUAUCGUACUCCAGAGAUCAUUACACGUUCAACAGCAGACUAUAAACUGAUGGGUGUUUUGUAUGUGAUAUUAGGUUUGAUCUUUCUUAAUGGUCAAACGAUGAUUAGUUCUGAACUUUAUGGACAUUUGGAUCGUUUAAAGAUAACGAAAAAUAAUUCGGAAUUUGAUGAUCGUGAUAAAUUACUUGAUUCAUUCAUCAAGUCUGGUUAUUUAAAAAAGACACAAUUAAAUAAUGUAACAGAGAAUGAAGAAAUAGAAUAUAAUUUUACUUGGGGACAAAGAGCGAUUGUUGAACUAGGACCUGCAGGCGUAGUUUCAUUUUUAUCUAGCGUAAAAAUC